AUGCUGAAGGAUCUUCUCGUGGCAAUUUAUCAAUUCGACAUCGAUGGACUGGAAGAAGCGCUAAGUUAUUUUCGCAAUCUCGAUCCUUCAACGAAAGACUACUUGUCAAAGGCACUUCGCAAGCUUAGUCGAUACUACGACGUCGCUCUAACUCUUACGAACGCUGCAAGAGAUACAAGAUACCCUAUUUUCAACAGUGUUACGGUCGCUCCGGUAGUCUGCAAUAACAUGGACUACCUGACGCCGGAAUCUAAACUGGAAGACUUUGACCAAAUACUUUCGAGAAUAACGAAUUCGCCAGAGAACAAGCUGCUGCUUGGCUCGAUACCUCGAGCAGAUCUACGGAACAGGUAUGCGGAUCGCAUGUCCAACUCCAAGACGAAGUGGAAAGUACACGCCGAAGUGCAGAUCCUUCUGUUUUACGAGCUCAAUCCUGCGCUACUACGGCCACGCAUCAUAUGUUCAAGCAAAAGUGCUUGCUACCUCUGUAAUCUGUUCUUUCAGAUUCAUGGUCAGUUUCACAUUCCUCGAACGCAUGGAAGACUCUAUGAAAGGUGGACCCUACCAUGUUGGACUUCUGAGCAGUCUCGCAUGCUCGAGACGAUUACACCAUUGGUCGAGAGGUUCAACAUAGCAUUAGAGACGAGAAUCCUCGAAGUGCUACGACAACAGACGCUUCGACUCAACUACCCAAACGAGAGUGUCGUCGUUCAAGCAAAUCCGUGGUCUUCGAAUUCUACUGUGGUACCGUUUGGAGCGGAGGUGGCCGCCGGGCUUGACUCGCAGGGACUUGAUGUUGUGAUUGUUAAGGACGGGCGUGACGAGGCCAUCAGCGCUUCAUCCUCACUCAGGACUGAUUCGGAGUCUGCCAAGGUAGGUAACUCUUCUGCGAGUGCUGCAGUGAGAGCCGUGUUGGAGCACGGAGUGGAGAGCUGGCACGUGGCCGAAGAUAGCGACACAACGAUCAGACUGGCUUCUGGCACACAUUUCAUAAGAUCCUUAAAAGAGGGAACGCCAAUCCGCGUAAAGACGAGUGGUAUCGAAAUUUUACUUUCAGCGGGCGCAGAACAGCUUGAUGCAAGGACGGGAGGAGAGCAAACGUCCUGCUGUAUGACGGUAAAGACCAUGUCCUAUCUGUAUGGUGAGACGCAAGAUACGGGAGAAACACAAACAGUGGAUAUUGAGGCUCUUCAGCCAGGUUGUGAUGCGGUCGUGCCUGUUGGUGCAUCGCUUGUACGUAACAAACUAGUCUUGAAGAGAGACAUUCGUAAAGUGUCACUAGAGUUUGGAUUCAUGGAGGAACCUUAG